UCUAAGUCUAUUACAGAGGUUGCUUUGCUUCCGACUCGGCUCUAGAGGGAAUCAGCAAAGCUCCUCGACACUGGCUGUGGGGACUAACAGCCAAACCCGCCCGUGAAACAGAGAAGUUACAGAGAAGUCCACUCCGUCUCACUGAGAAGAGGAAAGAACUCUCAAAGAGACCCGGGACAUGGCCUCAGGGGUGCACAUGCAAGAACCACAGUGCCUCGUUGAGAACAUCAAUGGGCGACUGGCGGUGAACCCGAAAGCGCUGAAGCUCCUGUCUGCCAUCGAGCAGCCCCUGGUGGUGGUGGCUAUCGUGGGCCUGUACCGCACAGGCAAAUCCUACCUGAUGAACAAGCUGGCUGGGAAGAACAAGGGCUUCUCUCUGGGCAACACGGUGCAGUCUCACACAAAGGGCAUCUGGAUGUGGUGUGUGCCUCACCCCAAGAAGCGAGAACACACCCUGGUCCUUCUGGACACCGAGGGCCUGGGCGAUGUGGAGAAGGGUGACAACCAGAAUGACUCCUGGAUCUUCGCCCUGGCAAUUCUCCUGAGCAGCACCUUCGUCUACAACAGUAUGGGGACCAUUAACCAGCAGGCCAUGGACCAGCUGCACUACGUGACCGAGCUGACAGAGAGAAUCAGGGCAAAGUCGGAACCUGAUGAUGGGAUUGAGGACUCGGCUGACUUUGUGAGCUUCUUUCCAGACUUUGUGUGGACGCUGCGGGACUUCUCCCUGGACUUGGAAACAGAUGGAGAAUCCAUCACAGCAGACGAGUACCUGGAGAACUCACUCAAGCUUAAGAAGGGUACCAGUCAAAAAGAUAAAAAUUUUAACCUGCCUCGACUCUGUAUCCGGAAGUUCUUCCCCAAGAAGAAAUGCUUUAUCUUUGAUCGGCCCACUCAGAGGAAGAAGCUGGGCCAGCUUGAGGAUCUGGGUGACGAUGAGCUGGACCCAGAAUUUGUGCAACAAUCUGCAGAGUUCUGUUCCUACAUCUUCUUAAAUUCCAAAACGAAAACUCUUUCAGGAGGCAUCAAGGUCACUGGGCCCCGUCUGGAGACCCUGGUACUGACCUUCGUCAACACCAUCAGCAGUGGGGACCUGCCCUGCAUGGAGAAUGCAGUCCUGGCCCUGGCUGAGAUCGAGAACUCGGCCGCCGUGCAGAAGGCCGUUGCCCACUAUGAGCAACAGAUGGCCGAGAAGCUGCAGCUGCCCACGGAGACCCUGCAGGAGCUGCUGGACCUGCACAGGGACGUCGAGAAGGAGGCCAUUGACGUCUUCAUGAAGAAUUCCUUCAAAGAUGAAGAGAACGUAUUCCAAAAGGAAUUAGCGACCAAGCUAGACAAAAAGCGAGACGAAUUUUGUGACCAGAAUAUUAAAGCAUCAUCAGAGCGUUGCUCGGCUUUAAUUAAGGAAAUUUUCAGUCCUCUAGAAGAAGGUGUGAAACAGGGGCUUUAUGCUAAAAGAGGAGGGUAUCGUCUCUACGUCGAGAAGAAAGAAGAGCUAAAGAUCAAGUAUCUUGAGACGCCCAGGAAGGGACUACAGGCGGAAGAGAUCCUCCAGGAAUACUUGAAGUCCAAGGAGUCUGUGGGCGAAGCAAUUCUACAGACAGACCAGACUCUCUCGGAGAAAGAAAAGCAGAUCGAAGUGGAACGUGUGAAAGCUGAAGCUGCACAGGCUGCAGCCAAAAUGCUGGAGGAGAUGCAAAUAAGGAACCAGCAGAUUAUGGAACAGAAAGAAAAGAGUUAUCAGGAACAUGUGAGACAGCUGGCUGAGAAGAUGGAGAAGGACCGGGCCCAGAUGCUGGAAGAGCAAGAGAGGACGAUGGCUCUUAAGCUUCAGGAACAAGCCCGACUAAUACAGGAAGGAUUCCAGGAAGAGAACAGACGACUUCAUAAUGAAAUACAAAAUCUCCAGAAGAAGAUGAAAAAAUCGAAGAAAGAAUGUUUGCUGAGCUAAAGAACUGAAGAGGAGAGCUUUCCCGGUCACGCUUAGCCAUGGUCUUACUCAAGUAGUUUAGAAUUAAGGAAAAUGUUGCCAAACUUGAUGAUAAUUACAUUUCACCUUGGCAUUACACAAAGAACUUACACAGUCAUGCAGUACUGUACCUGAAAUCAUCUCGACCUUCCUCACCACACCGAAGGUGGGACAGGAUAUGCAUUUUACCUCUGCCCCCGCCCAGAUGGUGCCACGAUCUGGUUCCAAUCAGGAGCUUCCUCUUCCAGAUGACCGCCAGCUACACCAGAAGACCCUGAGCAGCGUCUCGGGACUGAGUCUGGCCCACAACGCGUGCUAACAUCGGGGACAGCCCUUCUAGCUUCUCAGUGGAGACCGCAUCGUCUUCCAUUGUUUCAACACUGCCCAGUCUGUCAGCAGUGAUGGGAUUCCUGGGCACUGGGAAUGAGCGAUGCUUACUGGUGAAUUCUAAGCCAGAGCCAAUGCUCUUCUGGAGAGACCUAGAAUCUCUACAGAAUUUCCACAGGAAGAUGGAAAAACCAUUAGCAUGACUGGUAGCUGGGUGAUAGAUAAAUGGGCUAAAGAAGCAAACUGUCCCUUCCUGCUCGAUUCGCGCAGAUUCUAACUUUACUAGUGGGACUCUCUGGAAUUUUAGGUUACAAUGGACUACACAGUGACCCGAAGACAGUCACACAUGGUGUUUGUGGCAAUUUACAGUCUGCAAAGAAGAAUGCGAAAGGACAACAGAAACUGUGUUCGAAAACUGAGCUAAUUUAAACAGCUAGACGGUUUAACCCUAGAGUUUAAGCUAUCUUUUCCAAAUUCUUCGCCAUCACACGUAAAAACUUAUUUUUGCCCUAGAGAAUAUGAAUUGCUUUUGACAUUUUUGACCAGUUAAAUAAUGCUCUUGCUAUUACUUAGUAUAUAGACUUUAUUGCAGUUGUCAAAGCCCUAGGUAAAUGGUAAGACGAUUGAGAGUAUUUUCAAGCUGGAAAUAAAUUGUGCUUCACUGAGCUUUA